AUGGGCGAAAGACGCGCGACGACGUCGUACGGCGCGUGGGGAGGUGAUGUCGAGGACGUCGGGGCGCGAGAUUCGAGACGCGGCGGAGGGUGGCGGGAGACGAGGACGCGCGCGAGCGAGGGCGGCGGGCGAGACCAAUUUUUGACUUCGGCGAUGUUGUGCGUCGGGGCGGUGUCGGUGUGCAUCGUGAGCGUGAUGAUCGCCGGUGGGUUGGCGUUCGUUGGGUUGUCGGAGAAUCACGCGGAGCGCGGGAUGGAUUUCGUGCGGAAUGGGAACGACGCGUGGACGACGAGCGGGGGGUACGGCGCGGGGGGCGACGGCGGGUCGACGCUGUACGCGUCGCGGGGGGGGGCGAACGCGCGAGGGAGGUUCGAUUAUUUCGCGCAACCGGAUAGGAUCGAUCAAGACAGACUCGUGGAUGAGCUCGAUAGGCGUUACGGCGCGCGGUUACAGGCGAUGAUGCGCGAAUUGAGAGGCGAAACGACGGACGGAUUCUCGACGCUCACGAUGACGCGCGGGGAAGAUCCGAGUUAUCUUCCGCCGGCGCCGAUGACGGAGCAGGAGCGCGAGAUGAACGAAGCCGCGGAACAACUACGAAGGCUACCGAACGAGCGGUUGCCGAGCGUGGACGACGACGGUGACGCCGACACGACGACGACGACGGGGCAAAGUCAUCACCUUCACAAACACCAUCACCAUCACCGAUCCAGCGUUUUAGCGACCGAGGAAGCGGAGUAUGAGAAGCUCAAACUUCCCGCUCACGUCGUCGUUAAGGCGCGCGAGAGGUUUGAGCAGUUUGAAAACACGCAAGAGUGGCACGCGAAGAUUCGUCAAGACGCCGACAAGUACGUCGAACGUUUGGAAGAAAUCUACGGCUUGAUCAAAAAGUCCAAGCAUCACGGCGCGAAAAGCGAGAUCAAGCUCGGUGUCGAGGCCGUGCGGCAGUGGCACGCGACGAUCGCGCGCGAUUUGAAGACGAAACUCGCAGUCAUGGAGGUUGGCUUGGAGAAGAUCGCCGACGCCAAGUCGCGAGAUCCCGAGACGCACGUGAGCGCUCUUUCGGAAGACAUCAACGAUGAGUUACAGGCGUUGACGACGACGAUGGAUCGCGUGGAUAACUUGCGGGACGUUCUUGGUAAACUUCUCCGAGUCUUGACCGAGGAAGACGAAGACGUCGCCGGCGCCGGGACGGCUGAAGACUUGGCUUCGGCGGAGCCGUCGUACGAUUUAGCCGCCACGGCUCCGAGUCACGAAGAGGUGAUGAAAAAGUGGAACAACGUCGCCAAAGAGUGGGUGAAACCGAACGGGGAGUUGAACACGGGCCGUGACAGCGGCGUGGCGCACGUUAGCGCGAGAAAUCGUAGCGGCGACGAAAAGUUUGACGAUGCGCUGGACGAAUCAGACGACGCGGCGCAAGUCCCAGAUUGGGUGAGCAAGACGCGAGCGAACGUUGAGAAAGUUACCACGGGCGCAAUCAGCGAUGCGGUGAGCGCGAAAGACGCGCCGGGUGGGGACGCGCCGUGGGUGCACUCGCGGGCGCGACUCGGAUCGUCCAUGGAAUUUUCGGCGCCGGCACACUUGGGCGUAAACGUCCUUCCGAGCGAUACCUUGGCAGACGUGCUCACACAAAUCGUUGAUCUCGUCCUGAACGUCACCGAAGCUUUGGACGGCACGCGCUUUGAUUUCAACGGCACGCGCUUGAACAUCACCGUCGACGUGAACGAAACCGCCGCCGAAACAGCCCUCGGCCCGGACGCCGCGGCGCUCGGAGAGAUGCUCCAAUCUGAAGUCGCCGACGCCGUGACGGCGCAACUCCGCGAUAAGCGUCUCGCGUACGAGGCUUCGCUCGGGGAAAAACCAACGACGACGAAGACACCGACGCGAUUCGCCGCGCUCGGUUCGAGCUGGGGAUCAAACGAAUGGACGGGCACCGACGCCGCCGACGCGUCUUGGGAUCCGAUUCGUGGCGAAGACGACGGCGUGUACGUCGACGAUGCGAGCACGCGGCUCGAUUGGACGAUUCCUCCGGGAGGAGAUUCGCGCCUGUCCUCGUCCCAACCGAACGGUGACGGGGAAGACGAAGAGCUCGCGCCAACGCCGACGCCCGCGGAUGAGCACUUCCAAUCCAAGAGCAAGAAGAAGAUUGUCGAAGAGUUUGCCAAGGCGGAGCACAAAUCCGCCGAGGCGUGGCGACAAGAAGCACUCAAGGCGCAACAAAAGCUCGAGGAAGUGGCGGCAAAGGGUAUGGAAAACGACGCGGAUUUGCAAAAGAGCGCCGGCGCCGUGGAAAAGCUCAAAGGUUUAGUCAAGGAAUUCAAAAAGGCUUUGCUGAAGGAGUCCACGGCGCGCGCUAAGGCCGAGCGAUUACUCGAAGAAGAGACCACACGCGCGGCAGAGGAGCAAGAGGACACGGAAAAACGCGUCGUCGAGCAAGCGAAGUUGCAAAUUUUAGCCGCGCGCACCGAGGCGCGCGACGCCUCCUUGGCUCGCAUCAAAGCCGAGGAGGAGGCAGAGAAGGCCAUUAAAGAGAAAAUCGCUCUCGCCAAAGCCGCGGCCAAGGUGCAACGAAGCGCCGACGAGGCUUUGCGCAGUGUUUUGGCGGAUAAGGAAGACGCUGUGGCGCAGAAAAAGUCAAAGAUUGAAGAAACCGCGCCGCGGCCCGACGGGACCGUCGACGCGGUUUCCGACGACGUCCUCGACGCCGCAACUGAAGCGGCGCACGUCGAUACCGACGCGACGAUCACGCCGCCUGCGAAACGUAAGCCCAAAGUCACGACUUGGGACUCGGCGUUGAAGGACAUCGCGCGCGACGCGUCGGACGACGAAGACGAAGACGACGAAGAAGCGUCCGCCGGAGCGCCGAAAUCGAAACCGAGCGCGCGUUCAGCCAAGAACGACGACGACGACGACGACGCGAAAUCGUCGUCAUCAUCAUCCGCGACGAAACCCGUCUUUACCGCCACCAUCGCCGUCAAAUCCUACGACGUCUCCAAAAAAGACAUGAAACUCCUCCGCGGAGCCUUUCUCAGCCUCUUGCGCGCCAAGGCGCCCGGCGCGUGCGACGACGCCGAACUCACCCUCACCAAACGCGUCGUCUACGACGGCUCCGUAAAAGUCGACGUUCGGUGCGCCAACGUACCGUCCGUCGACCACCUCACCGAGGCCAACGACGCGAUGAAUUGGGCCUUCGUCGCCAGUCGUAAAUUCCCCGACAACUUGGUCAAAAUCGGUUUUCGCUCCGCGAGCGCCGACGACGUCACGUUGGAUAGUCACUGAAGGAUCAUCACCGAAUGCAUGGGAUGAUCGCCGAGUGUGAAACACGUUAGUCG